AUGUUAGGUUUACUUCGUUCUCGUAGAACAAGAAAUCGAACUCAUAGGUUAUCAGCAGAUUUAGAAAAUUCACAACAACGUCGUCGGUUAGGACUUGAGGGUUCCAGUUUCCGGAACUCGAACAGUCCAUUUCCAAUUCCCUUGAGUGAUGAUCCUGGUGACCGACCUAUUAUUUUUACAAAUCCAACAAACCGAAAUCCUCUUCAACAGCCAUCAACACUUACUACUGCACAAACGCUUUCUCUACGUUCCCCAAAUGAAGAUACUUCCGACCGCGUUUCGCAGGUUAUUCGAUCUCAGCCGCGAAUAAAUCCCCCCCACAUGUCUAGAGCAACACAGGUUAUUCAAGUAAGAUAUCCAUAUCAGAGUCAAUUAAGACGUUUACAAACUGAUUUGAUUCCUCAUCGGUACGUCGAUGAUAGCUCUGGAAUGCAUGAUUCCCUUUUGACAAAUACUGUGUCGAACACAAGCCGACCUAAUGCAAAUCAACAGGGUGAAAACGCAGCAGCAAAUUCAAGCAACAAUAAUAAUACUAGCAGCAAUAACAUCAACAUACAGACAAAUGAAACUGCUGCAGCUUUCGACUUGUCAAAUAGCAAUCGAGAUAGAGAGAUCUAUGUAUUACGCAAUAACCCACCUGCAUCACAACCUCCUCAACCGUCUACAGUUGACAAUGCAAGUAUGACUACGAGUAUUAGUGAUGCCAGUAGUAUUGAAGACUUGCAUGUAACAGAAAUUGUUGCGAACAGUCAUGCAGAACCAGUGAUACAACGUCCCAAACUACAUGAAACGAGCAGUUCGGAGACUGAAAGGGUUUUAAAGCGACAAGAAGUCAAGUAUGUGGAGAAUCGAACAGAUGUCAGUGAUUGGAGGGCUAAUCUUAUUGGAAGUCGUCAGUUAUGGCGUCAAAUGCUUAUCAGUGAAAGAUUUGCUGAUGUUUGGUUUGUUGUCGGUGGUGAAGAUAUUCUAGGCAGCAGUGGACCACUUAGCUUACAAUCAAAUGAUGCUGGUGCACCCGGUGGUCCAACAAGUCAGAUGAGUUGUUGUUCAAAUAAACAAAUGUUAAAUAUUUCAUCGAGAGCUUCAAAUUAUUCAAACGGAAUAAACAAAUCAAGAAUAAUGUACAGUAAAAGUAAUACUAGUAGUACUAUUGUCAAUAAUAAUAAUAGUCCUACUACUAAUAAUCAUACUAAUAGUCAGGCGCAAAAUGACUACUUUGAUGCUCUGCAUUCAAGAUGUUCCGAUUCAGACCAAGAGAAUACAAUAGACGAUGCAACUGAUUUGAAUUCAGAUAGUGAACAGAUUUCCUGUCAUUCUGAUCAUAGUAAAGAAAGUAGAUCUCAGAUACUUAACAACAAAUCAAAUGAAUGUAAUUCACAAUCGAUUCGAAAUAAAGAUGGAAAGCACAAUGUUAACAAUGCUUCUUCUUCGAACCAUCAUUCAAUUAGAUCAAAUAAUACAAAUGGACGUAAACAAAUGGAUGUAUGCAUAGGUAAUCCUAAUAGUUCAUCUAAAACAACAACAAAUAGUGAUACAGAAUUAGUUAUAUGGCGUUUCGCUGCUCAUCGUUUAAUUCUAGCCGCUGCUUCACCAGUAUUUGAAGCUAUGUUUUAUGGACCAAUGGCUGAUUGUGAUAAUAAAGGCUCUGAAAAUCGACGAGAAUAUCAUAUUCCUGAUAUCCAUCCAAAGGCAUUUCAAAUUAUGCUAUCAUACAUAUAUAGUGAUGAACUGUUGUUAGAAAAUGAUUUGAAUUUACUAUUCUAUGUAUUGUAUGCAACAAAAAAGUAUAUACUACCACGUUUAACACAAAUUUGUGUUGAAUAUUUAAAGGAUUUGAUUACAGCUGAAAAUGUCUGUAUGAUACUUGAUCGGAGUAUAUUCUUUGAUGAAGUCGAUUUAACUCGUCGGUGUUGGCAUGUGAUUGAUGUUUUGGCAUCUGAUGUUCUUCAAUCACAAGGAUUACUGACAUUGAAUUCAAACUAUCUUCAGGAUCUUGUACGUCGAGAUACACUGAAUUGUCAAGAAUCUGAAGUAUUUGCAGCAGUUGGACGUUGGGCUGGAGCUGAAUGUAGUCGUUUAGGGAUUAGAGAUGUUGUUUCUAAUCGAGUUCAUCUUGCUGCAAAUAUUUUACCAUUGAUCAGAUUUCCGACAAUGACCUUGAAUGAUUUUGCUGAAAAUGUUGCCUAUUCAGGUUAUCUUUCAUUGGAAAUGGUAAGAGAUUUGUUUGUAUACAUCACGACAAAUAAAUUAAACACUCAGAACAAAGAUAGUAGAUCACCAACUUGUCGAUCUAAUUCACAAGCAAUUAAAAAUAGUAAUAAUAACGAUAUUUUAAAUGAUUUGACAGAAACUGAAACAUUUUCUAACUCAAAAUUACCGCUGUCAUCACAUUUAUCAUCACAAAUUACAUCAAGUCAAUCAAGUUCACAACCGGAUCCUGGACCAUUUCCACGUAAUCCAAGGACUGGACCAAAAUUAUGGAGAUGUUGUAGAUUUACACGUACCAGGAAGCAUUUGUUAUCUGUAACUGCUUCAAAUAAUCACCGUCAUACUAUCAGUUUUUCAGUAUCUACAUCAGUUUUUAUUGCUGGUGUAGGAAUAUAUGGUUCAACUCAAGUUGGUGAUAUUUGUACAGUUCAUGUUGAACUAAAAACAGGAAGUGGUAGUAUUCCACUAAUAUCCUCUUCGAAUGGAGUUGGGAAUACAGAUUUAGUGCCCAUUGGAUCUCAGUCACCAGAACAUAUUUAUCUUCCUCAGGCAUCAAGAAGUACAAGUGAUUUGACUAGUUUAGCUGCAUCUACACGUUUGGCUAAUAGUAACAUGAGCAAUAAUAAUAAUUAUCAUCAUCAUAAUCGCUCAGUGUAUCCAAGUCCUUGGGAUAAUGCAGCUCUACCACGAUUAGAUGAAACUAAUUCCCCUGUAGUUCAUGUGAAUUCAUCAAAUCAUCUAUCGAAAAAACGUUCAACAAAAUGUCUUGCAAAGAAAGAACUGCAAUUACGAUCUGAUGGUACUAAUCGUGUCUAUGAUGUACGAUUUGACUGUCCAGUCAAGUUGGUCAGAGGCAGAAGAUAUUAUUUAAGUCUUAGUACUAUAAACCCUGAGCAUGCAUCAUCAAUGUCUACAUCGUCUACAGCAAUCAAUUCAUCAACAUCUUAUAUUGGUUUAUUUGGAAGAUCAGAGAUUCUCAUCCACUGUCCUUCAGAAGAUACACUAAAACGAGAAGAAGAUGCUAUGAAAAAUUCUCUAAAGAUUUCAUCAUCUAGUACUAAGAAACAACGAUUAAAAUCGGCUAGGCAAGUUUUUUCUAUGAUUCCAAAUGAUUCAAUUUGUCAACCACUAGGAACUAAUGAAGCUGUAAUCUUUCAUUUUCAUGACAGUUGGGAUGGUUUUGAGAGUGGAGAUGUUGACAGAGGACUGAUACCCGAUUUACUGUUUUAUACUUGUUUCUAAUUUUUUCACAUCAUAAUCAUGAUCUACUAAUUUUAAACACAUUUUCUUAUUGUGUACAUUAUUAAGACUGAAAUUUAAUCUCUGCGUAUUGGUGUGUAUCAGUUAGUUUCAUUGUUUACUUUAUUGGGGAAAAAACCUUUCUGAUGAUUAAUGUUCG